ACAAAUGAAAACAAAAAAGAAAACAAAGCGAUCCCAUAGAUGCUAGGAUAGUGCACAUACUGUAGGCACACACGCGCGUAGCAGACCUCACAAAGUUUACCGUAUCUUUACGCAGGUAUAAUUGUGUGUAGCUUACACACACAUACACACGAUGUACAGUUUUAUUAGGCUGGCCCUUGUAACCCUAGCCUCGACCUAUGUCGCUGCUGGGGAGACGGACUUCUACGCACAUAAACCCAGGACUGUGGUUGUGGCCAGUAAAGAGCAGCAAAAAACACAUGCUGGUCUGAUUGAAUUACUUCAAAGUUACGACCAUGAUGUCACAGUUAAGCAGAAAGCAGAUGUAUUUGGGGUGCGCAUGCUGGGCGAGAGAAUCAUCGACAAUCUGAUCAUUUUGGACAACACAGUGGAUGCUUUGGCAAAGUCCAAGGUUGACGGUGUACAGUUGAUGAGUUAUGUAGACUCUGGGGGCAACCUCCUGAUUGCUGGUGGUGUUGAAACAGGUGCCUUGUUCGACCAAGUCGCACGUCACGCUGGUUUCGUGACGUCGCCACAUAAUCUGCAGUUGGUGGAUCACUUCGUUCCCCACAGCUUCGAUUCCGGGAAUCAUCAAACAAUUGCUGUAGAAACUGCCAAAGCAAACAAGGCCGUGCUGGAGACGGACGCGUCGGCUCUUAUCUACAACGGCCCUGCGCUUAAAAUCGCGCGUGGCAAAUUAUCGUUCGCUGUUCUGCGCGCACCCUCCACUUCAUAUGCGGGCGCUCACUGUCACGGCGAGGAUUGUGUCCUUGUGGGCGGCAUGGAAGCACGCAACAACGCGCGUGUGCUCGUUGUUGGAUCUACUGAUAUGCUCAGUGACGCCAACGCUAAAGCGAGCAAGAGCAACGAGGUAGCUCAGAAGAGUAUGAUGGAGUGGAUCACCAUGCGCAAGUCGGUCGUGCGCACGCGUAAAGUGGAGGUGCUGUCGCUUGCCCCUAAGCUUGAAGGUGCAUACACGGUCAUGGACGAGGUCGAGUACGCCAUUGAGCUUGAGGAGUUGGUGAACGGAGAGUGGGUUGGAUUUACAGGCCGUAGUGAUCUGCAGAUGACUUACACGCGCAUGGAUCCCUUUGUCACACGCGAUCUGACCGAGGCUGGCGAUGGACGAUACUUCACUCGCUUCAGUCUGCCUGAUGUGUAUGGUCUCUUCACUUUUAAGGUCAAGUAUACGGCGCAUGGCUACUCAUGGGUGGAUGAGGAACUGACUCUGGUGAUCAAACCACUGCGAAACAAUAUGCACCAGAGAUGGAUUCCUGGAGCUUUCCCCUAUUAUACAUCAGCGCUGUCUAUGAUGGGAGGGGUCCUAGCUGUUUCGUUUGUGUAUUUAUACCACUCUGACGUACCACAGAAGAACAAAAAGGUUUGAGCUGGUAGUUGAUACCUUUCCAAGGGCAUUCAAUCUGUUUGUGUAUUCGUUUAGAAGCGAAUGUAGAAGUAAUAAAAAUACGGUGACGGGUGGAGAAUCAGAAGACCUAACUCGAGGAGCUUGUCUUGUUUGCACUUUAAGUUUUCCGCAUUUCCUAGUAUCGAAACCAUAGCAGAAACUUGUGUGUUGUAUUGGGGUUCUACCUAAGGGC